CCAAUCAGAGGUUUACUAAAGCGCGUGCGUACGGCCGACAUCUUGGAAAAAGAGAGACAGUAAUUUAGUAAAAAUAAUCAUGUCUGAAGAACAAAACUACGAACAGAGUGGACAAAAUGAAGAAGCAAUGGAUGCACAACAGGUUGAUCUUGCAGGCGGUGAUGGAACAGCCAACGGAGAAGGUGGACAAGGCGACAGUGAUGACGACAGGUAUCGGAAAUUGUUUGUUGGAGGUCUUAGCUGGGAAACAACAGAAUCUAAUUUACAAGAAUACAUGUCAAAAUUUGGAAAAGUGGUCAGUUGCAAUUUGAAGAAGGAUCUUGAAACAAACAGAUCAAGAGGGUUCGGUUUUGUUGUGUUUGAAGACUCAGAGUCAUUAGAAAAGGUUUUAGCAGAAAAAGAACACAAACUUCAGGGGAAAACUAUAGACCCAAAAAGAGCAAAUCCAAAAGGCAAAUGGCAGGAACCACCAAUUAAAAAGAUCUAUGUAGCCAAAGUCAGCCCCACCACAUCAGAGGACCAAAUUAAAGAAUACUUUUCACAGUGGGGAAAGGUUGAGAAAAUAGAAGCACCCUUUGACAAAGAAAAGGAAACAAGACGGAACUUUGUGUUUGUUGAAUUUGAUUCUGAAGAGACUGUAAAUAAAGUAUUAAACCAUACAACAGAGAAUCCGGACUAUCAGCACAAAAUAGCUUCUGACGAGAUAGAAAUAAAGAAGGCAACCCCUGGAAACCGUGGUCGAGGACGAGGAGGAUUUGGUGACCGAGGAGGUCGUGGCGGACGAGGACGUGGAGGUUAUGGAGGAUAUGGAGGUUGGAAUGACUAUAAUCAGGGUUAUGGUGGAUACGGAAAUGGCUAUGGAGGAUAUGGGAAUUACGGUUAUGGUGGUUAUGGUUAUGGAGGAUAUGAUCCCAACUACGCUUAUGGAGGCGGAUGGGGAGGUUACGACCAGAGUGGAUAUUAUGGUUAUGGAGGUUACGGAAGUGGCUAUGACUACAGUGGUGGCUGGGGUGGAUAUGACCAAUCAGGUCAACAAGGUGGCGGGGGAUAUGGCAAGGCACCAAAAAGUAACAGAGGAGGUACAAACAGCGGAUACCGACCUUACUAGUCCAAACACAGAUGCAAGAAAGUACCUUGAUGUAAAUAGGCCGAAUCAUCAUCAUCAUUGUUGUCAUUCAUUGUGUCAUUCAUACUGCACGUGCAGAAAACAACAGGAAAAUAGACAUUCUUAACUAGUGAUCUUAAUCAUACAUGCCAUCUAAUUUGUUUUUAUAAAAUGUUGUCUCUCAUUGUAUAAUUAUUGACUAAAUAAACAGCUAGUGUUUUUACAUCUGA